AUGGCUUGGAACAGCGUCAAGACUCACAGCGUCUUCUCGAAAGAGGAGUUCUACGGUCUGCCUACAUUCCCCGAAGCUGAAGGCAAAAAGUACUCUGCCAUCGUGACUGGAGCCAAUGGCAUCACUGGCUCUCAUAUGCUUCGUGUGCUAGCUGAGGCUCCAGAACGUUGGGGAACCAUCUAUGCACUGAGCAGAAGGCCGCCUACGUCUUUCAUUGAUGGCAAUAUUAAGUAUCUCUCUGUUGACUUUUUGGAGAAGCCUGAAGAGAUAGCCAAGACAUUGAAAGAGCACGUUUUGGAGGUAGACUAUGCCUUUUUCACCUCUUACAUUCAACCACCAGGCGUCUGGUCUGACACCGACGAGCUAGAGAGACUGAACACGCUUCUGUUGUCCAACUUUCUCUCUGCAUUGACCCUGGCCCAACAAAUCCCCAAGCGAAUUCUCCUCCAAACCGGUGCAAAGAAUUACGGCUUGCAUAUUGGGCCUGCCAUCAACCCACAAGAGGAAUCAAACCCUCGCGCCACAUCAGCACCAAACUUCUAUUACCCACAGGAAGACCUGCUCUGGAACUGGUGUCGCGAAAACAACACUGAGUGGAAUGUGACUCGACCAGCUUUCAUCAUUGGUGCCGUACGCGAUGCGGCAAUCAACAUUGCUUACGGCUUUUCUCUCUACGCUGCCAUCCAGAAAGAACUUGGAGGAUCACUCGAUUUUUUCGGUGAUCUUGCUGCUUGGGAUGUCGAGAAACACCAGUCAAAUGCGCUUCUUAUUGGCUAUCACGCUGAGUGGGCAGUUCUCACACCCUCCACCCGCAAUCAAGCCUUGAACAUUGCGGAUGGCGGCGUUUUCACUUACGGUCAAUUUUGGCCCGUCCUUGCUGCUCUCUACGGCAUUCCCUACAAUGUUCCCGAGUCAGAUGAUGCCAAGUACCAAACUGUUGAAAUGCCAAUCAGCCCCCCGCCUCGAGGCUUUGGGCCUGCUGGCAAAUUUAGAACAUCCGGAACAUACGUCGAGUGGGCAAACAGGCCCGAAGUCAAGCAGGCAUGGGAGACUUUGAAAGCAAGGCAUAAUCUAGCACCCAAGCCCGAUCCCUUUGACAAGAUUCCGGAAAUUUUUAGCCUCUUGGACAUUGACGUUCUUGGAUGCUGGGGAAGAAGCUUGAGCAUGAACAGGAGCCGAAAGCAAGGAUGGAAUGGAUACAUCGAUUCGUGCGACUCUUUCAUCAGGACGUUUGAGGAGCUUUCCGCCCUGAAAAUGAUUCCGCCUUUCAAGCGACCAGAAAAGAUUGAGGUUAAGCAUCACGGAUAUUAA